AUGGCCUCCUAUCUUGAUCAAGAUUCCAACGAGCGGGUCAACACGGUCGAUGGCACAUUUUCAUACAAACCUUGCUUUCCCUUUGUGUAUACAACGAGCGCGACUCCCUUUAAUAGCAGGCCUUUUGGCAGGUACUUCAUCACACCCCUCUUUGUGAUCAUCGGUCCUUUUGUCGCAAUCUUCCGGCUCCUCUCCUUUCUCGUACUUCAAACAAUCGUUUGGAUAUGUUCUAUCGUCAUUCUUGCCGGAUAUCCACGAGACCAACCUCUUCGUGGUUGGCGGAUUAAUCUCUACAAGUGCGUUGCAUACCCUGUAUACUUUCUUAUGCAAUGCUCGUGGUUUACCUUCUAUCGUAUUGAUGCUCGCAGAAGGAGCCCACGCCCAAUCAUCUGCGUUAGCAACCACGUUGGUCUUCUGGACAUCUUCAUCCUAAUUAUGGCCGAGGGGCCGGCGUUUGUCUCGAAGAUUGGCGUGUCAAGCAUCUAUUUGCUUCGGAAACCGAUGGAGGCACUUCGUGUUAUCUAUGUACGAACGAAGAAGACGACACAAGACUCAAAGGUAGACUCAAGGGAUCUUAGCAGCUCCACAUGCACAACUGAAGACACUAAUCUCCACGGCUCCUCUAGCACGGACAGUAUUCGCUCAUCGACCGAUCUACUCAGAGAGCGCGUCUUGCUGAUGAAGGAGGACGCCGAUUGGAGGCCCAUACACAUAUUCCCUGAGGGGACCACGACUACUGAACGGGGUCUUCUGCGUUUUAGAACGUCUGUUUUCCGCUUGGACACAGAUAUUCAGCCUAUCUGCCUCAUCUACCGGUCCUACAACAACCCUGCAUAUGUCAGCCAAAGUGCCCUGUAUACCUUAUACUCCUACCUUACUAAUCCAUUCUGCUUUGUGAAGGUUGUCUACUUGGAUCCAAUUAGCAGCAGAACUCCUACGGGAGAGCGAAAAGACCCCCGAGCUUUUGCAGAUGAGGUAGGUCUUGCUAUGGCAAGGUAUAUGGGGUCUGAGUAUCUGCCCUAUACAAAUGAGGAUGCUUUCUAUUUCAGGCAAAAGAAGAAAGAUCAAUCACUGUGUAGUAAGGAGUAUCUUAGAGAUUAUUCAUGGAUCGGGUCUUAUUCGAGAAUGAAUGUGUUAGCUGACCCUGGCUACAGACAAGGAUCCCUUUCAAAUGUGUUUGUUGGGAGUGACAAGACUCAUUGUCUUUCUAUCAUUAGUAGGGACACUCUUCUGAAGGGCUCAGCAGACGUAGUCAAGCAAAAGCAGAGCAUAUAA